UAGUUUACAACUUGUAACUAUACAAGAUAUUAUAUUCGACCACAUUAAGUGUUACAAUAUUAUUUAGACGAUGUUUAAUUUGUAUGAGUAAUUUUGUGUAAUGAAUGAUCGAAUAGUAACUGAAUUAUAAAAAUAAGAAGACAAUUCAUUUGUGUAUAUAUAUUUUGCAUAUGAAGCUUUUUUUUAAACAUUGCCAGCAUUUAGCUAGGUUAUAUCAUGAAGCGUUUUUCUCGAAAUCUUUUGAUAUUAAGGGACUUGCAUAGUUGUACUACAUUAUUUCGAGAAGUACCAAAAGAUUUAAAAGGGAAGAAGCAUAGCUCGCAAUUAUGGCUUGUAAGACAGUUAAAAGAUCCUUACGUGGAGAUGGCUCGAAAAGAAAACUAUAGAUGUAGAAGUGCAUACAAACUGUUAGAAAUCAAUGAUAAAUUUAAAAUAUUGCAGCCAGGUCAUAUUGUAAUUGAUUGUGGGGCUGCUCCUGGCAGUUGGACACAAGUUGCUAUUAAAGCAACAAAUGCAAAUGCUAAGGAAGGUGGCGAUGUUGGAACUGUUUUUGGAAUAGACAAGCAACCUAUAUAUCCGAUCGAAGGUGCAACAUUAUUGAGUGGCAUGGACUUUACUGAUCCAGCAUCUCGAAAUCUACUUCUAAAACAUUUAAAUGGUAAAAAACCUAAUGUAGUUUUAUCGGAUAUGGCACCAAAUGCGUCUGGCAUAAGAGACUUAGAUCAUGAGAUGAUAAUACAACUCGCAUAUAUUGCUUUGAAAUUUGCUUUACAAGUUAGUGAAAGAAAUGGAACAUUUGUCUGUAAAAUAUGGGACGGUGGAAAAUCUCAACAAUUUGAGAAAGAUUUGAUAAAAUUUUAUAAAUAUGUAAAAUCCAUAAGACCGGAGGCAACGAGAGACGAGUCUACAGAGAAGUUUCUCAUAGCUAGGGGAUUCAAAGGAAUAAAAAGUACAUCCAGUAAUACAACGUAACAUGCAGUUUCUUUAACAAUUAAGUUAUGUACAAUAAAAAAUGCUUAAUGAAUAAAAUGAUUUGUAACAUAAUCGCUUAUCAUGCCUGGAAGGUUGUAAAUAAUAACAAAGCAUGAUAUUUUGGUACAGGACCAACAUCGAGUGAUUUUUAUAAGUUCUUCCAUUCUGCGAUCUAACGACUCCUACACGACACGACACGACAAUGUGUAAUAUACAUCGAUAUAUUUAGCUAUAAAUAAUACAAUAAUAUUUUUAUACAGUUACAAUUAAUACACAUUUAAAACGCCGAUGACGCUUCUUAAUUAUGCGUUGUAUAUACAAUUUCUCUUAAUAAAAUUAAUAUGUACACGAACCAACAUUCAAAUAGAUGAGAAAGAGAGAUUACACACCACAUCGAAGCAUACGUAGAGCAGUAAAAAAGAUUUACUGGCCGCGAUGUCAGAUUCGUAACUUUCGUUUCGUACCUACGUGAUAAUCACACGUAAUUAGAUAUAAUUUCAUUUCGUCAAAAAUUCGAAUGGUAUCUGAUGAAUGCUGAUAAUAAGAAUUUUUUUUUUUCGGUAAUUGCAUGCAUUCUACCGCGUAUUUUCGUACAAAAAAGUUAUCGUACGUGUAAAAAGUGGAAAAGAAUUAUCGUAACAACGGUCGUAAAGCUAAACGACGAGGUGAUUCCGAUUCACACUGUUCCGAGCAUUAUCUUCGGAGCGCUGCGCUUUCAUAGAACAAUGAUCAAAUCGCAUACCGAAAACAUUCAUACUACA